AUGGCUAGAAUGGCCAAUAUCUUUGACUUUUUCCCGGCUGCUCAUGCCCGUCGAAGGCCUGGGUUCAACGACAUGUUUCACGCUCAGGUGCAUCCUUACUCAUUUGGCCCCUUAGCGCGAGCACCCCGAUUCCCAUACGAAGAUGAACCGUUUGGUGAAUUCCGCGAUGUUGCGAGGAUGAUGCCAGGCAUCGAGGAGAGUCUUGAGUGUCUUUUCCACGAAGGUGUCAUAGAACCAGGCGAGUUAUCAACGAUACUCGAACGACUUCAAGGCAUACGCCACUGUCAGUGGGGUUUCAACGGCGACGGCCCAGAAACGUACUUGCUCGCACGAGAGUUGGAGAGAAUAUCGAGGAAACUACAACGAAUGUAUCAUGACACUGGGAUAGGCCAUUUCUCGGCACUAGCAGACUAUUUCAUGUACAUGGGGAGGAGCUUCCAAGUUGGACCGCGACACCGCCGAUUGCGUACUAUUCCUCAGCAACGACAUAGGCCCUGGGGCUUUCUACCGCCGUACUUUGGCUACGAUUAUGAUGAUUGA